AUGGACCCAUUCUCCGCAGAAGGCGAACUCAUCAACAUCCACAAUGCCUACCACCAAGGCCAAUACCAAGAAGUGAUCGACUUCGACACCUCCGCCCUCUCUCCCGAGAACGCCCUCCCCGCCCGCGUCCUGCAGCUGCGCGCUCAGCUCGCCCUCGGCCAGUCCGACCAGGUCCUCGCCGCCGUCGACGCCGAGGCCGACGAUGUCCCUGAUCUGGCCGCCGUGAAGGCCCUGGCGCAGCAGGUGGCCGGGGACGCGGACUCGGCCGCUCAGGCGGUGCAGGAUCUCGUGGAGAACUAUCCGGAUAAUGCGACUGUGCAAGUCCUAGGUGGGACGGUGUUGCAGGCCCAGGGGAAGAGUGAUGAGGCGUUGGCGUUGUUGGCGAGACAUCAGGGGAAUUUGGAGGCGGUCGCGUUGAUCGUCCAGAUCCAUCUCCAGCAGAACCGCUCGGAUCUCGCCCUCAAGGAAGUCCAGACGGCUAAGCGCUGGGCCCAGGAUUCGCUGCUGGUCAACCUGGCCGAAUCGUGGGUUGGCAUGAGAAUUGGCGGCGAGAAAUACCAAUCGGCCUUUUACGUGUACGAGGAACUCGCCUCGGCGCCUAGCACGUCCGCGCCCCUUUCGAUCGUCGGCCAGGCCGUCGCGGAGCUGCAUCUCGGUCGGUUGCCCGAGGCCGAGGCCGCGUUGACGGCGGCGCUGGAGAAAUACCCCGAAGAUGCGGAAUUGAUCGCUAACUCGAUCGUGUUGAAUGUGUUGGCUGGAAAGCCGUCGGAGGAUCUGGAGACACGUUUGCAAAACGCUCAGCCCUCGCAUGCCCUGCUUGUCGAUGUCCAAGAGAAGAGUGAAUUCUUUGAUACGGCUGCUGCGAAGUAUGCGCCGCGAGUGUCGUCUUGA